AUGGAAAAGCAUAUCCCCGUGCAUCCAUUACCAGAGGAAAUUCAGAUGAUGCCCCGGGAUGAGACGGUGUGCAAAUACUGUGGUGUCAGUUAUCUAAUACUCCAUGAGUUCAAGCUUUUGGAAGACAAAGUGAAGGCCUUGGAAGAAGAACUGCAGUUCUAUCAGGCGAGUGUGGAGCGCGAGAGACGCCUUCAAGAAGAACUUCACUCUCUCAGCCAAGAGCAUGAACAAAGCAAGGCUGACAGCAAGUCCAAAACCCAAAGAUUGCAGAUAGCAGCAAUGCAACUGAAUGCGAAAGAAAACGAACUUCGAAUUCUGACCGAAGAGAUCACAGCCUGUCGGCAAGCUGUAAAGGUUGCAGAGGAGCACCAGCAACUUUUGAGGUGGAAAGCAAAUUCCUGUUAA